AUGGACAACAGGAGAGAACUAGGGGAGGAAAUAAGAGAGCUGAGAAAAGAAAUAGCAAAGUUGAGAGAGGAGAUGAGAGGAUGGAGGAUAGGGGUAGGGGAAAAAAGUACAAAAGAAGAAGAAAUGAGAGACAAAAUGAAGGAAGAGGACAUAGGAAAAGGCGCAGAGGCGAAAAACCUGGAGAAGAGUAAGGAAAAGGACGAAGAAGAAAGCAGGGAAAGCAGAGAAUGCGAAGAAAAGAAAAGAGUAUACAGAAAGGAAAAAAAUCAGGAGGAGGAAGUGAGGAAGAGGGAGGGAAACGGGGAGAGCAAGAAGGAACUAAAGGGAGGAAACGAGGGCAGUAAAGAAACAGUAGGAGAAGAGGGAGCAGAAAAGAGGGCGAGAGAAGAGGAAGAAAGAAAAAAGCGAUGGAUAGCAGAAGACGAGAAAAGGAGAAGCGAAAGAAGGAAGAAAAGCCUGGCCUGGAGAGGGGUGGAAGGAGAAAACUUAGGGGAGAAAGUAAGGCAUACUAAAAUAAUAAUGGAGAAAGAGUUAGGAGUGAAAGUAAUAAUAAAAGGAGCAACAGAAAGAGAAGGAGAGGGUGGAAGGUCGAUAGUAAUAACAGAAUUAGAAGAGGAAGACAACAAAAAAGAAAUGGUAUGGAUGAGGAACGGGAUCUGGGACAGGUGGAGAGUAGAAGUGGACGAGGGCUUAAACAAGGAGGAAAGAAGACUGAAGUGGAUGAUCAAGGAGAAGGCGAAAAAGGAGAAAGAAGAAGGAAGAAGCGUUCUGUUUAACAGUAGAAGGAUCUGGGUAGAGGGAAAAGAAAUAAAGUGGUGCGAGGAAAGGAAGAGAUGGGAAAGGGUGACGCUAAGAGAAAGACUAGAAAGAGGCACAAACUAG